UAAGGAGAUGUGGAAGAGCGCGUCACUGUGACAAAAUGAGAUUCACCUCCCCAGUGUUGUAGACUGAGGAGGGAUGUCGCACGUGGUUCGGCUCUGACUGGGACUUUGGCUCGUGUCACACAUUACACAGGUUGUUUCACAGUGGGCAGGAACACGCAGCGCGACCCGGCUUUACGUGAUGGAGGGAUAGUCUGCACUUUCAUGUUGUCCGUGAGCAGCGGGAGAGGUUACUCUUCUGGUCCGCUGCACGGUCCCCUGACGUCCAGUGAAGAUCCAUCGAGGCCGAAUGGUCUGGUACUGCUCGGCCCAUCUCGGCAUACCAGUGGGUAAAGUUAAGCCGUCAUGGAUUUGAUGGAGCUGACUUGUGUUGGAGCUUUAGACCAGUACGGAUCUUAGUGACUUUUGAAAAAGAAGCUGCCUUUUUGCCACAGCAUGGCCGGGAAUCAGAAAAGCUACUGGGGACAGCAUGACCUGAACAGAGUGUGCUUUGGCCUGAGUGAUGACACGGAACACAGCCCAACACAGCUUCAACAACGGCAAACGGCCAAGGAAUUUAACUCCAGCAUCUCCCUUCCUCAGUCUCCUUUCUACUCUGGCACUUACCGUCUAACAUCUGAUAACAUGCUGCAGCCUCAUGAGGGAGACCAGGUGGUCCCUUCUUCCCAGAGACGGACAGUGUUUGGAGACCACCAGAGACAGUCCAAACCCCUGCCGCCUCUGCCUGACCCUGAGGAGCUCAUGUCUGAUGAAGCGGCUGAUAAUGAGGUGGAGUUUUUUACCAGUGACCGACAGCGCCUUUUGCCCAAAAGCUGCCCCAAGGCCAUAUGCAGGGGCAGCAACAGAGAUCGUGGCCAAGUAAAUCGUGCCUACCAGGAGAGCUUUUUACAAGCUGGUGGUGCUGGAAUUGUCUCCAUGGCUUUUUCCUGGCCAGGCAGAGAAGACAGAGGAGGCGGGUUUGGAGCCAACAACUGGGAACCCGCUUUCCAGGGAGAAGACUACCAGCAUGUGGUGUCAGCAGUUGGGGAUCCUUUAUGUAGGAAACAGCCAGACCAGCAGCAGUUAUCCAGAUUUCGUUUUUCAUGCUCAGGCUCUGCUUUCCGGCCACAUAGCAGCAUCAAAACCUGCACCACCGACAAGCCGCAGGUCCCUCCUCGCAUCCCCAUUGAGCGAAAACCUCCUGCUCUCCCAAAGACCACAGAGGAAGACAAGCCUCCCAAAAUCCCUCCAAGGGUCCCUCUAGUCCCACCCUGCCCACCACGUACCCCAAGCCCCAAAAGCCUUCCAAUUUAUAUCAAUGGUGUGAUGCCUGCCACACAGAGUUUUGCUGCUAACCCAGAAUAUGUGAGUAAGGCAUUACAGAGACAGCAGAGAGAAAGGGCGCCACCUCCAGGUCAGUUUUCUCCCUGCAUUGUUCCCAUUUUGAAGGAUGGCAGACAGGCCAGUGCCACGCACUACAUCCUCCUGCCACCGGGACGGCCUGCGUACACGGACAGACGAGAAAGACUCCACAGUGAACCGGCAAGGACAGAAAACACCAGCGUCUGGCAGAACAGAUAGAUACACUCACUUAUUGCAUCUGAAACGUGAUGACGAGUACAAAAUUAUGAUUCACAUUAUUAAUAACAACCAUGUGAUAACAAGCGUGUGGAAAAAAACCUGUGCGCUGCAUUCACAUAUCUAAUGGCAUAUUGGAGUUAUUUUCAAUGACUGUAUUCUAACAUUACUCACGACGCAUCACACUGUGAGGUUUUGGGCUGUUAUCGACUGAACACUUUACCAGACAGUAUUUUAGCGACACUUCCUUUAGUUCAGCCAAGAAAACAUCACAAUAUUUCAGUAUUUUCUCUACUUAUGAAGAAAUAUUUACCUCUUUUAACCUUUUUCAGUUUGGGUUACUGGGAUACUGCACUUAUCUCAGAGCAAAUGGCUUAUCAGUCGUCAUCACUUUUAAAUCUGACAGCCAUAGGUUCAUAUCACUAAAAUAAACUGAGCUAAUACUAUAUUUUGUAGAAGUGAGCUAAUAAUUACUGUAGGUACAAGCUGGGCUUGUACCAAACUGUUCAUCCAAUGUGCGUUAUUUUUUAUAACAAUGCUGCUUUAAAUUCUUACUAUAGUCUAUUGAUAGAUUUAAUUCUUUGCAGAAUCUUUGUCACAUUAAGGUAACGAUUUCAGGCAAAUUUGAAAAUGAACAAUGUAGCCAAGUUGCAUCAAGCUACAAUCUCCCUACAAAAUGCCCAACAUUUUCAUUUCAGGCAUUGAUUCAUACUUUAUAUUCUGUUCUGAUGUGCACAGUGUUUAAUUUUUUACAAGUACAUUCUGUGAUGGAAAUCCAGACAAUAGUAACUUAUUCCAACAAAAUUCAGACCAUAUGACUGAAACCUGAUAUUACUCUUAAAUUGAUUGACAGGUCUUUUUAAACACUGAUAAAAACACUAUCCAACAACUAAGCGAUUAUUGUUUAAUGAUGCUAUUUGCAUUUAUUCAUUUGCAGUUAUCAGCUGAUAAAUAGUAAUUAUUAAUACACAUGGCAAACUAUUUUAAUAAUGUCUUUCCAUUUAGCACAGAUUUUGCAUAUAUGGUCAAAAAAGUGCUGACAGUGAUUCCUUCUGUGUGUAUGGGCUUGGAUAUCAUGUUACAUUUACACUGUUGAGGUGCAGACAUGCAUCUGUAACCUUUGUUAUACCAAUAGGUUGGAAGUUCUCAUGAAGGUUCUGUCAGAUUUGACCUGAGCAAAGGCUGUUUCUAAGUUCAUAAUUUUGUCAAAAGUAAAUCAUUAUAAAAUGUCUAUUUAUAGAAAUAAAUUAAUUUAUUCGUACUA